AUGAAUUCCACUUGGUUGGGGCUUGUUCUUAGCACGACUGAAAGCCUGUUUAACAACGACACCUUGAUGGAGGAAAUUACAGAAGAAGAAGACGAAGAAGACGUAAAUGAAUGGUUUGACUUUGAAAUUCAAGGGAAGAUUUACAUGACGUGUAUCCUGAUCAUCGCGUCACUGGGAGUCGUGGGGAACGUAAUGUCCUUCAUCCUGAUGUCUGACGCAAAACUCAGAUCACUUGCAUAUUCAGUUUACUUGAGAUGGAUGGCGGUGUCAGACAGCUUGUUACUUAUGAUGGUUGCGGCGGAGGAUACUUUGGACACAUACCAUUAUCUGCAACGGUUUUUAACCUCUGACGUGACUCUCUGUAAGGUGUGGGUUUUUUUUCUAACCAUGACCUACACACUGUCUCCAUGGCUGGUCGUGGCCUUGACCCUCGACCGAUUUGUGUGUGUUGUUUUCCCUCUGUCUCGGCACAGGCUGUGCACAAAGUCUAAGGCUUUCAAACUGUGUUUGACCUUGACACUGAUUUCUGCAGCUCUUAACGUAUACAGUCUGAUUUACAUAGAUAUCGAAGAUGCCGAAUGUCUAGUGCAGUCUCCUGACCAGAUGGAAGGCUACCUACUAAUCCAGCAAUUGGUUUUGAACUCGAUUCUACCCUGUGCUGCAGUCCUGAUUCUGAACAUAGUCACAGUGAUUCGGAUUCGCCGAAGUGCGACUUUUCGUCAGCAGUUUAAACGGAGCGGCGGUUCCGAAGCGACGAAAGAAAGACAAGACAAAAUCACGCUUCCGCUGUUACUCGUUUCCAUAUUCGCCUUCGUGACACUGAUUCCACGAGCUGUUACGGAAGUUACCGAAUAUGUGCUCGAUGUUUUCCAAGAACAUGAUGGCAUGACCAUGGAGCUAGCGAAUAAGCUGUGGCCAUUAUUCAACUUAAUUUAUCUCGUCAACUUCGGACAGAACUUUUAUAUUCUGAUGGCCAGUUCGUCUGAAUAUCGCCUGAUACUCAGACGGAAGCUGACUUGGCAUAAGGAUAACAGAAACACUUCCUCUGCACAAACACAGUCUUCAAGAAUGUCAUCUGAAUUUUCUGAAAUUAGCGUCUCCAAGAUGACGGACAGUCGAUCUGUAACGUCAGGUGACACCACUCUUAUGAGUUCCUUACCAGUCACAGAGCCUGGCAUUUAA